AUGGCGGAUUCGUUAAUGGACUGUUGUACUUCAUCUUCUGGUUCAUUAUCUGAUUCAUCUUCGAGUUCUUCUGCAUCAUCAUGCUCAUCUUCGAGUUCUUCUGCAUCAUCAUGUUCAUCUUCUAAUUCUUCAUCUUCGAGUUCUUCUGCAUCAGGUUCACCUUCUGAUUCUUCCUCUACUUCCUCAUCGACCCCCUCUUCCUCUUCCUCUUCCUCUUCCUCUUCCUCUUCCUCUUCCUCUUCCUCUUCCUCUUCCUCUUCCUCUUCCUCUUCCUCUUCCUCUUCCUCGCUUGUUGACUCAAGUUCAAUAGGCUCUUCUUCAUUACCUUGUUGUGCAAAAUAA